GCUCUUUUUCCAGCUCCCUCUUUAAUACUCGGUCGUCGUCCUUCGUCAUGUUCUUUGGUAUCUAAAGUUGCGAUCUCUGUUUCUUUCUUUUCUUCCCAUUAUUUUUCAUCUCUAGGGUUUAUGAGUCAACAAAUCUUUCCUUUUUCAAGACUUCCCACCAAUUAAAAGGGCUUUCGGCUUCACGAUUCUAUAUAUUGCAUGGUUCAUGGAGCAGUUAGGGUGAAGUUUGAAGAAUUGUUGUUACUCGAGGUUAUAAGUUAUCUUGUCUUGAUCUUUGAGUGAACAUAAGCAUGGAUUUAAAUGCAUCGCCUGAACCCGAAGAAGAUGAAGAGAUUUAUGAACAAACUCUCAGUGAGGACAGUGCACCAGAAGAAAAGCCAAGUCAUCAUCAUCAUCAUCAUCAUCAUCAUCAUCAUCAUGUAGAACAUGUAGAGACAGCAGUGGAUAUUAUGCGCAGGGAACGUGAAGAAAGAAAGCUAAGGUUGAAACGUGAACGCCCUGAUGAUAGACCAACACACAGACCAACACCAACACCAACACAACCAGCUUAUAAGUCUAUGGAAGAUCAUCUUUUUCAUACAAAGAAUCAGAGAACAUAUGAUAAGAGCAGGCUUCCACCAGGAUGGUUGGAUUGUCCUGCAUAUGGUCAUGAAAUAGGUUGUAUUGUUCCUUCUAAAGUUCCUCUUGGUGAGUCUUUUAAUGACUGUAUUGUCCCUGGUAAAAGAUACUCCUUUAGACAAGUCAUUCACCAACAAAGAGUUUUGGGGAGGAAGCUGGGGUUAGUAAUUGAUCUUACAAAUACAUCUCGUUACUAUUCUGUGAAUGAUUGGAAGAAAGAAGGCAUCAAGUAUGUUAAGAUCAACUGCAAGGGGCGUGGUUCUGUACCAGAGAACGAAGCUGUUAAUCAGUUUGUAUACGAGGUUUCUCAAUUUCUGGCUCGACAAAAGAACGCGAAAAAAUAUAUUCUUGUUCAUUGCACACAUGGGCAUAAUCGUACAGGAUAUAUGAUCAUUCAUUAUCUCAUGAGAACAAUACCAAUGUCUGUAACUCAGGCAAUAAAAAUAUUUUCCGAAGCACGCCCUCCAGGGAUAUAUAAACCAGAUUAUAUUGAUGCCUUGUUUGCUUUUUACCAUGAAAGAAAGCCUGAUAUGAUCACUUGCCCUUCUACCCCUGAGUGGAAAAGAUCUUCUGAGUUUGAUCUAAAUGGAGAGGCAUUACCAGAUGAAGAUGAUGAUGGAGUUCCUGUGGAUCCGCUCAAUGAAGAGAAUCAUGAUACAGAAGGGGUGAUGACAAAUGAUGAUGUUUUAGGAGACAGUAUUCCUCAAGAUCAGCAAGAUGGAUUCCGACAAUUCUGUUAUCAAGCCCUAAAAUUAUCUGCAGGGGCUAGAGGGAAUCAUCAGUUUCCAGGCUCACAUCCAGUUUCUCUAGACAGGGAGAAUUUGCAACUUCUUAGGCAGCGUUACUAUUAUGCUACAUGGAAAGCUGAUGGGACAAGAUAUAUGAUGUUGAUUACCAUGGACGGGUGUUAUUUAAUUGACAGAAAUUUUGUGUUUCGAAGGGUACAAAUGAGAUUUCCAUGGAAACUGAAUAAUGAAGGUUUAGCUGAGAAGGUUCACCACUUCACACUGCUUGAUGGGGAGAUGAUAAUUGAUACAGUGCCAGACACUCGCAAACAAGAAAGACGUUAUUUGAUUUAUGAUCUGAUGGCUAUUAAUCAAGUUUCUGUAAUUGAGAGACCUUUUUAUGAAAGAUGGAAAAUGCUGGAGAAGGAAGUGGUUGAACCUCGAAACCAUGAACGUCAUAAAAUAUUUAAACAUGGGCAUUCGUUGUAUAGAUAUGACUUGGAGCCAUUUAGGGUGAGAAGGAAGGACUUUUGGUUGCUUUCUACUGUGACUAAACUUUUGAAGGAGUUCAUUCCUCGGCUUUCACAUGAUGCAGAUGGUUUAGUUUUUCAGGGUUGGGAUGACCCUUAUGUCCCUCGUACACAUGAAGGACUUUUAAAGUGGAAAUACGCAUCAAUGAACUCAGUUGAUUUCCUUUUCGAGAUGGCUGAAGAUCGGCAGCUACUAUUUCUUUUUGAACGAGGGAAGAAGAAGCUCAUGGAGGGCAACAGAAUUGCAUUUGGUGAUGAUAUUGAUCUUGCAUCAUACUCAGGGAAGAUUGUGGAGUGUGCUUGGAAUAAAGAGGAAGAAGUAUGGGUGUGUAUGCGUAUUAGGACAGAUAAAGCUACACCAAAUGAUUUCAACACAUACCGAAAGGUGAUGAGGAGCAUAAAGGACAACAUUACGGAGGAGGUACUGCUGGAUGAGAUAAGGGAGAUAAUACAGUUGCCGAUGUAUAAGGAUAGGAUACAACAGGACAGCAAAGGGCACCACCACUCGGGUUCAGGGAGACCAAAAUGAGGAAGGAGGAGGGUAUUAUUUAUGGUAAUGGUAAUGGUAUGGAUGGAGUUAGGAUAGAUGAAAAUGAUAAUGUUUGUGUAAUUAGGGGAGGGAAGGAGGGAUUGAUUUAAUAUUGUUGUAAAUUGUGCUGUCUGGUGAGUUUGUUUGCAUGAUCCAGUUGGUGCGCUUGAUCUUUAGCUUAUGGAUGGACAUUGACAUGGACAUGGACAAACAUAUCAUCAUCAUCAUCAUCAUCAUCAUCAUCAUCAUAUGACGGCCUUUUUCGUAUUAACAAGUUAUUCAAGAUUCGGGUAAUGAUUAGCACAAGGAUUAUUAGUAAAUGUAUAUUUUAGUUUAUGUCUUAAGUCUUUCAUGACUUGCACAACUUUUAUGGAUCGCUUGUCUUUUUCUCUUAUAUACGGGACUACAC